AUGCAGACACCAAACGAGAUUGACCCCCUCCUGCCAAGCCCUCGCCCAACCCCCGCUGGCGAAGUCGAGUUGGAAACAACAGGAACUCCAGGUUUAACGGCCCUUUCAUGGUCUCUGCUUCGAGACUCGAUCCCAGUUAUUGUGUCGUAUAUUUUGCAAAAUUCCAUUCAGACCGCCUCUAUUUUGAUUGCUGGAAGACUUGGGCCUGAUGAGCUCUCUGUUGCUGCAUUCGCCCAGAUGCUAGCGUUCGUCACAGGCUGGUGUGUUGCCUUGGGCGGGACCACCGCACUCGACACGUUAGGGUCACAAGCAUACACAGGAGGUCACAUAACUGCACUCUCAAUUCACUUUCAGCGCUGCGUUGUUAUCUUAUGGGUCCUUUUCAUCCCGGUCGCCAUCACAUGGUGGUUCAUGCACCCCAUUCUUGUCGCACUGGGACAAUCAGCAAGUCUCAGCCACGACACCCAAACCUUCCUUCGCAUUUUGAUCGCUGGAGCGCCAGGAUAUAUCGGAUUUGAAAGCCUAAAAAAAUACCUCCAAUGUCAAGGAAUCAUGGGCGGCUCCACCAAAGUACUUGCAGUCGUUUUCCCUAUCAACAUUGUCGGGAAUAUUUAUUUGAUCCAUUAUACGCGGCUGGGGGUGUUCGGAGCAGCAGUUGCAGUAUCAUCAAUGUACUGGCUCUGCUUUAUCUUGUUGGGGUGGUGGACAUGGUCGUCUCCAGUGCAUAGGGCAAAUGGAACUUGGGGAGGACUUCGACCUUGGGCUGCUUUGAACCCUCGAAGCUGCUAUGGAUUUAUCAAGCUUGCGAUACCAGGCAUUCUUAUGGUAGGAACCGAGUGGGCGGCAUUUGAAAUUGUGGCCUUGGCUGCAGGUCGUUUGGGGGCGUUGUCUUUGGCAGCGCAGUCUGUUAUUAUGACCACGGACCAAAUUUUGAAUACUAUUCCGUUCGGUCAAGGAGUUGCUGCGUCUGCUAGGGUCGGAAAUCUUAUCGGCGCAAGGUCUGCUGUUGGCGCAAAACAUGCGGCUCAUGCUUCGGCAUUCGUUAGUGUGAUCGUUGGAUUUGUUGUCCUUGUGUUGAUGAUGGCUACGAAAGAUGGCUAUGGCUAUCUCUUUAGUGACGAUGUUGAUGUUGUGAGGCUUGUCGCAAAGGUGAUGCCCCUUGUAGCUUCGUUUCAAGUCGCGGACGGUCUUGCGGGAUCGUGUGGAGGAGUGCUCCGAGGGCAAGGUCGGCAACAUCUGGGAGCACUCUUCAACUGCGUGGCAUAUUAUUUGCUAGCUCUUCCCCUUGGCAUCACGCUCGCGUUUUCGAGAAAUACCGCCCUCGGUUUACAGGGGCUGUGGAUAGGACAGGUUGUGGCUUUGUUUCUUGUCGGUUUGGCGGAGUUCUAUGUGGUGUUUCGAAGCGACUGGGAUGAAGAGCCAGAGGCUUUGUCUUCAAUGACGGCCUUAGCCUAUCCGCUCCCUUCUGUAUCGUCGGCAACCGUUACAAAUACCGCGUCGCUUCUCAAAAUUGUUGCGCUCUGCCUCAUCUCUGGCGCUGCAAUUGCCUCCCGUCUUUUCGCUGUCAUCAACUUUGAGAGUAUUAUCCAUGAAUUUGAUCCUUGGUUCAACUAUCGCGCUACUCGUGUCCUCGCCUACAAGGGCUUCUAUGAAUUCUGGAACUGGUUCGACCCAACUGCUUGGUAUCCUCUAGGGCGUGUGGUUGGCGGGACCGUCUACCCCGGAAUCAUGGCGACCAGUGGUGUCAUCUAUAACUUUUUGCAUGCCCUGAACAUUCCCGUUGACAUUCGUAAUGUCUGUGUGAUGCUUGCGCCUGGCUUCAGCGCCCUGACCGCUUGGUCCACUUACAUGUUUACGAAAGAAAUGAAAGAUGAGAGCGCCGGACUUCUCGCGGCUGCCUUCAUUGGAAUUGUACCUGGCUACAUUUCUCGCUCAGUCGCAGGGUCAUACGACAAUGAGGCUAUUGCAAUUUUUCUCCUGAUGUUCACGUUUUAUCUGUGGAUCAAAGCCUUAAAAGUUGGCAGCGCCCUCUUCGGUACACUCGCUGCUGUUUUCUACUUUUAUAUGGUUUCUGCCUGGGGCGGAUAUGUUUUCAUCACCAACAUGAUUCCUCUCCAUAGCUUGGUCCUCAUCUUAAUGGGCCGCUUUAGUAGCAGACUCUACGUCGCGUAUACGUCUUGGUAUGCUAUCGGCACCUUGUCGAGUAUGCAAGUGCCGUUUGUUGGGUUCCAGCCCGUCUCCACGAGUGAACACAUGGCAGCAUUGGGUGUCUUCGGCUUACUCCAAAUAGUCGCAUUCAUCCAACUUGUCCGCUCUCAUGUUUCCUCAAAGCAGUUCCAAGACCUCCUCUUCAUCUCCGCCAUCUCCAUUGGUGUCCUCGGUGCAGUCGGCAUCAUCGGCCUCACGUAUACCGGCAAGAUCGCUCCGUGGACUGGACGAUUCUACUCCCUUUGGGACACGGGUUACGCCAAAAAGCACAUUCCGAUUAUCGCUUCCGUCUCAGAACAUCAACCGACAGCAUGGCCCUCGUUCUUUAUGGAUCUCCAGUUCCUCAUAUUUUUUGUUCCCCGCUGGUGUUUCAUGGCUAGCUACUUCGCUGGAGUCAUGCAUCUGCGGUCGCCUUCUCCACCCUUUUGGACACAUAUCUCGACGCCGGGGAGCCUGAAAACGCUGACCAAACUGCCGAAGCCGACCCUGUUAAUGGCGAGUCUUCCGUUAAAAAAGCUCAAAAAGGCAGUAUCUACUUCCGGAUCAGGAGGAGCGCUCACCGACCUUGUUGCGGCUGCUGCGCCCGAAGGAACUCGGUCCAAGGGAAUUUACGGACUGGAUACUCGUCUCGCCGUGAUCCUAAAUGCUAUUGGAAUGCUCGCAUUCUUCGUCCACCACUGUACCUGGGCCACUUCUGGUGCUUAUUCUUCGCCUUCAGUCGUUCUUGCUUCCCAAAAUGCCGAUGGUAGUCAGCACAUUAUCGAUGACUUCCGUGAGGCCUACUAUUGGCUGAGGCAGAAUACACCUGAAACUGCUGUCGUCAUGAGCUGGUGGGACUACGGUUACCAAAUUGCUGGAAUGGCUGACCGCCCAACUCUGGUCGACAACAACACGUGGAACAAUACGCACAUUGCUACAGUUGGCAAGGCCAUGUCCAGUACCGAGGAGGUCGCGUAUCCCAUCCUUCGCAAGCAUGACGUCGACUACGUGUUAAUCAUAUUCGGCGGUCUGCUGGGCUAUUCAGGCGAUGAUAUCAACAAAUUCUUGUGGAUGGUUCGCAUUGCCCAAGGAAUCUGGCCAGAGGAGAUCCAAGAACCCAACUACUUUACGCCACAAGGGGAAUACCGCGUCGAUGACAUGGCAUCGACAACGAUGAAGAACUCACUCAUGUACAAGAUGUCAUACUACCGUUUCGCUGAGCUAUUCGGCGGUGGUAAUGCUCUGGAUCGUGUCCGUAACCAGCAUGUCCCUAAGGUUGGGCCUACGCUGGACUAUCUAGACGAAGCUUACACGACUGAAAACUGGAUUGUUCGUGGCUUCGAUUGCUCUUUUUUUGCUCAUGCCUCGCUAACGCCACAUGACUUUUAG